AUGGUGACAUGUGAAGCAAUCUGGAUUCGAGGAUUUAUGGAAGAGCUUGGCCGGCCGAUAGACGGACCAAUUACCAUCUUCUGCGACAACCAGAGUGCGAUUAAACUUGCGCACAAUGCAGAAUUCCACGCGGUACUAAGAAGCUGUCUACCUUUCUCCGAUAAUCAUCACCGAGAUGGUGAAGAGAGUUGGCAGAAGAUCCUCAAAUGGUGCAACUAUAACCAAGGAGAGGAAUUUCUCAGCAUUAUCGGAAACCUCAGUUGCUACAAUCUAGCUUUGGAAGAAGCAAAAGAGAAUCCGGGGGUAGACUCUAUCGUUGCCGAGGUGGUGCAGAAGAUCGAGGAUGAGCGCCUGGAGAAGAUUAUGUUCCACCAAGGCCAUGAAGACACACGAAUCCAUCCGUCAACUGAUUAA